AUGAAUUCAGAGUGUCAGAAGAGGGAGAACAUCAGGAGGAAGAUUGUCAAAAUCUCAGUGGUUCAUUGUUUUUAUUUCAGAGGUGGUGCAGAGCUCUUAUUCGAUGGUGUCAAAAAGCAUCAGGUGACUUUGCCCUGUCAACCAGAGCCUUGGGAUAUCAGAAACCUGCUCAAGUGGAUCAAACAGAAUAUGCUGAAAGAGCGACCAGAGCUAUUCCUGCAAGGGGAAUCUGUGAGGCCAGGAAUUUUGGUGCUCAUCAACGAGGCAGACUGGGAACUAAUGGGUGAGCUGGAUUAUAAACUCCAGGACCAGGAUAAUGUGCUUUUCAUCUCAACACUGCACGGCGGGUGAACUCCUGAAAAAACAAGAGGAUGUAAAUCAAAAUCCCUGGGAAAAAAAAACCCAAACAAAAACCUUAACCCACCUAAACCUCUCUUGAACUGCCUGUGUCCAGUCUCUGCAUCUCCCCUCUGCGUUCACUUGUUCUAGACAUCCAAAUAAAGCCCCGCCAGCCUGCGGCCUUCUGUCCACCACAGCAUCCAUCUUUUGGUCCUCAUUUCACCUCUCCUGACUGCACUUCCAGGUACCCUAACGAGCAGAGAGCACCUCAGCAUGUGGGACUUUGUUUUUCUCUGGCAGGAGGAAGAGGGGUGCUGAUCCCUGAGCAGGAUAACAUGUCUUAACAUGCAGUGAGGUGUUCUAGUGCUGGGAACCAGGAUUCUUUUAACACAAUGCUUAAUGUUGGUACAGUCUCUGCACCAGCCAUGGGAAGGGUGAGAAAGUGCAAGGAAACAAAAGGGGGCUUGACUGGCUUUUGCAUGGGGUAGCAAACAUGGCAGCUCCAGAGCCCUCAGAAGUGACUUUCACCUUGUCAUGAUAUUUAUUUAUGGGAAGCAGGAGAGAAAUAGGCCUUUUGGGUUUUCUAUUUCUGAUCCCUCAUGCUGCUUUCAUACCAGAGCUGAGGCAGAGUGAAGUACUGGCCCAUGAAUGAUGUCAAUUUAUAAUGAUUUGGUUGGAGGGGAAACAAACCCUCACCCGGCCUGAGACAGCACAGAGUGAUCAGGGCAGCAAAUGAUCUUCCUGUCACUGUGAUAGACAGAAUUGAUCAGGCUGCACUGCAUUCUGUGCAGGUGGGAGCUGCAGUCUGGCUGGGGCUGGAGAUGCACAGUUAAAGUGCCAAGAGCUGAGAAAGUCAGUGGCUUUUAACUCUUUGUGUCAGUGGCAGGGAGAGGAUUCUUGCUGCAUGCUCUGAGGAAUUCCUGUGCGGGGUUCUGCUAGGGCACGGCUGUUGUUGGCUUUCCAGAAGUUUCCUCAGAAAGACAGAGUGGCCCCUGCCAGCCAGGAGGCUACGGCAAGAGCAGAGGGACGGGCUCAGAGAAGACAGCACUGGCACCACCAGGUCUGAAACAGCAGGAGCUGCCAGGAGUGCCUGACCAGGACUGUGCUCCUGCUCUCCCCCCUGCCCCGCUCACCUGUUCUGCACGGCUCCAGCACACGCAGGGUCCCCGCAGCAGCUCCUGCCUGAGCCAUGGCUGUGGUGGAGCUCAGUGGGUGCCUCUAGAGCUGAUCUGCACCAGGAAUGCUCUGACAGCCCUGCAUGCUCAGGAGCUGCCGAGGAGCUGGGGAGCAGCAGCCCUGCUCAGGCAGCCUGGCCCAGCUCCGAGCGCGGCGCACAGGGAGCCUUUCCCGCGCUCGCCUGACAGGAAUUCCUCUGAUGCACAGAGUGAUUCCCUCAGCUGACUUCUCCACUGACUCCUCUCUGUCUGCCCCUCCACAACCUGCCUCAAAAAGCACCCACAGCCUACGAUGCUUCUGCACCUGAGGAGCCCCAACUUCAGCCCACUGCUGGUGCCAAACCGAUAUUCAGCCUUUUCCACAUCCAGCCACAGCAACUUGAGUCCAGCUCACACCAUUUGUAAGUGACACAGACAGGCCAAAGGCUCUUCUCUGCCCUGAGUUCCUGGCCCUUAGCUUAGCUGGGCCAGGACAGUGGAAGGGGAUUCCAGGAGGUGGUAGAAGCUGGCUGAAAAACAAGGAACCUGUGUGGCGUGCAGCUUGAAACGGACUGAAGCACAAUGGGAAAAAGCAGGUUCAUCUUCAGCACUGCUGCCUGCCCUUCCUCUACCCUGCCUCUGCCUCAGGCUGGGCUCGUCUCUUCUCACCCCCCAGCUGUUUGCUCAGAUAAGAUGGGUUCCUUCCCCAGGAGCUGUUAUUCCCCUCGAUAGUGCAGGUAGACCCAGGUGGCUUAGAUCCCGCUGUAGUAAAAGCUGUCAAUCACUGCUAAAAAAAGCUAGAAAUGGGAAGAUGAAGGAAGCCGAGGGGGAUGGAGAAGAGGGGUACAGCAAAAUCCUGUAACAACAAGAGCAACAAAAAGUUUCUGAAAUAAAAGCCUUUUAAAACA